AUGGCGUUUUUCGCGAGUCCAGAGCUAUUAGAAAGCUGCGCGUGGUUUUUUAUGGGUCAGCGCACAAGUGACGGUCACGUCUUGAACGAUUUCCUCAAGGUCGGGUCUAACCUUCUGCCGAAACUCGCUGACGUACUGCUUGUUUGGCGACGGUAUCAGUAUGUUUUCACCACUGACAUCGAGAAAAUGUAUCGUCAGAUUCUGCCGAUCGCGACCUCCAGAGGAUUUUGUGGCGUGCCGAUGUUGGCCAAUGAUGAAGAGGAGAGGUUUCCGCUUGGGGCUCGUGUGCUACGAGAGGAUGUCUACAUGGACGAUAUCCUCACCGGGGCCCCGUCGAUUCCUACUGCGCUCACUCUUCGGCAACAACUCGAGAAUGUUUGUCGAGCUGGAGGCUUCCCGUUGAGGAAGUGGAUCGCCAAUAACGAACGUAUUCUGGCAGGUGUCCCGCGCGGUCACCGACCUGACGGAGAGCAGUUCGAGCUGCUUACGCGAGAGUUCAGUCACGCCAUCCUCGGACUGAUGUGGAGGCCAUUCGUCGAUGAAUUCUCUUUCACCAUCCGCUCGUUGGGAAAGAGUGCCACGACGAGGCGAGGCGUGCUUUCUCAAGCAGCUCAACUUUUUGACCCGUUGGGAUGGAUGGCGCCCGUGACCAUACGGGCAAAGUGCCUAAUACAGGCAACCUGGUGCCUGCGCAUUGGUUGGGACUCUCCUCUGCCGGACGCGGAUGUCACCACUUGGAGGGCUUUUUACGAGGAGUUCCCCCUCCUGCAGCAAGUAAGUGUGCCGAGUUGGAACGGGCUCGAUCGCCCGGGUAGCAAAGCGGAGCUCCACGGAUUCGCCGACGCCUCUGAGCUGCCGUACGCCGCGGUGCUCUAUCUGAGGACCGCCUUGGAUGACGUCAGGGUUUCGUUGCUGUGCGUCCGGACGAGGGUGGCUCCUCUCCGUCAGGUUUCCUUGCCGAGGCUGGAGUUGUGCGCCGCCACCCUACUUGUAAGACUUGUGUCUCAUGCCGUUGCCAUCUGUAAGCUGCGUCCUUCCGCUGUGCACCUGUAG